AUGCCUCCCAAGAAGCGCAAGGCAUCAUCCACUGCCACAGGCGGCAGCACGGCGAAGAGGGCUCGUACCGCCACCAGCUCGGGUGCCAGCGGCAGUGCCACGACAGCAGACGACCUGCGCGCCCGUGGCUGGCUUGACGAGCACAGCGUCAUCAUCGACGGCAGCAGGAGGACCCGUCGCGAGACGAGGUCGACCGCAGACGAGCACGCCCAGCUGCUGGCCGAGAGGGCCCGCCAGGAACAAGAGAGACGCACUCGUAUCGCCAGGCGGAACGCCUUGAGGCGAAACAGGACAAGUCGGGUGGCCAGGGACCAACCACCAAGGAGUCCGAGUUGGUCGCCUCCCCAUCAUGAGCCAGCGCCCGAGCUUCAGCCAGCUCCUCAACUCCAGCCAGCUCCCCAGCUUUGGCAGACCCCUAACCGCGCCGCGCCAUCCACCCACCGCGCGCCUGCGCAGAGCUCUGCCGCGCUCGCUCUCGCGACUGGUUCCGCACAGGCGAACCAAGGAGGAGCCCGGCCCACCUCGCCCUUGACCAUCCCGCUCGCUCAAACACUGCGAGAUUCCCCAGAGCCGUCGUCCCAACGCGCGCAGAACUCGCUGCCCGCAUGGCGCACACCGGCUGGCUCUGCUGGCGCGGCCGCGCGCGUGCCGCCAUCCAGCCAGGGCCGUACGCCCUUCUCCGGCGGGCACGCGGGGAACAGCUCGUCGUUCGGUCUGCCUUCCUUUGACCCAGCCACGCCGAGACUCGGUAACAACAGCACAAUGGUGCUCUCGUCCCCUGACCCGAUACCAGACACGCCAGCCAACGGCCCAUCCUCGCCUCCAAGCGCAGAGACCCCGACAGCGGAUGUGCUUGGAUCCGCCUCAAGUUCGGGGAGUCAGAGAAGCAGCGGCUUCCGCGGUAGCAUGCGUGGCAGGCCACAGCCCAACCUUCGCCGCGAGACUCUCGAAAGGUCGGCCCGUGGAACGCGCACUGAACGUUAUAAUCCACCAAGCCAGUCCCCCUUCCAUCACAGCCUUGCCAGCUCCUCUAGGGCAUCGCAGGGGGUGGACAACACGCCGACCCCGAUGGCGCGCUCGACCUCCUCGCGAGCAGGCCAUGGCACCACUCAGACGCCGCAAGCGGACCCGGAUAUGACGUUUGGCUCGCUCUUCACGGCGACGCCUCCGCGCGUCUCUGCUGGGCCGGACUGGUGGGUUGGCCAGUCUCGCGGCCCGACACCAACGCCUGCCAACCCAGCCCAGGCCGAUAACCCCAGCAGCAGCAGCAGCCGCCAUGCCUCGGCUACAGGUCGUAGACGUAGGAGUAGAGCGCCACGUAGGACCUUGUCGAGGCGAGAGGCGACCAGGAGCCCAGGCGGUACUGUAAUGACCAACGGCGAUGACGACGGUAGCACUACGAACAGCAACACCGAAAGUGACGAGGACGACGAAGAGCAGACCCCCUACACCGGCGCUAAUUCCGUUGGACCGCGCAACCGCCACCAGGCGUCUGGUUCGGCCCCGACACCCGAGCAGACCGAGGAGCAGCGGGCGCGCCUCGCUGCGGUGGAAGAGACUCUCGACGCUGCGGAGCAGGGCACGUUCAUGUUUCCUCGUCCCAUGCGGCACUUGAACAGCGGCCGUCUUCCCGCACUGCAGCAACCGCCGCGGGCCAGGCCUGCCCCACCAUCGUCUCCGCUGCUUGGUAUCGACGCGAUCCUCGGCCAAAUUAGGUCGUCACGACGACCUGGGGACAGAGACGACGAGGAGGACACCGAGGAGGCAAAGCGUGAGCCUGAGGAGUGA